GCUGACUAUUCUUAUCCAUAUCCAUGAAACCUCCUCCUGCAGACUUUCUCCACUAUAAAUACAUGUCAGCCAUUCCCAUUUCUUACAUCAAAACUUAUUGAGUUAAACAACAUCCAAAACUCACCCAUUCAAAAGAAGAAAAGCUACUAUAUUUAUCCUUAUGGAAGGUCUAAUCCCAUUUCUCCUUCACGCCAUGAAGAAACAGAAGCCUCACCACAAUACUUUCCGGUGUCUCUCCGAUACCUCUAACCGGAGCUACCACAUGCUCGUCGGAGCUGACUCUAUAGAGGGCUCUUCUCAUCGGAGAACUCGAUCAGAGUUUCAGCCUCCGGUUAGCGUUGAUUUCUUGGAGCUGUCCCAGCCUAAAAGCUUCAAUUACAGAGCUUCUUCUCUGGUUUCUCCUGUUUCGAACAGAUUGACUACUACGAGCAAUUUACAAGGAACUACUACAGUUGAUAAUCUCCGCCAUAGGAAAUUCUGAUGCUACAGAUUACGUUUAAAAAAAAAUACUGAUGAAUAAUUUGUACUUUGUUGUGUUCUUUCUUUAAAAUCUAGACAAGAUGAUUAAGUGUACAUGUGCAAUAUUUGUUUGA